AUGUCCAACGCAGUGGGUUUGCCCUGUCUUGGCAUAGUCAGCAUGGCACGCCGGCCACGUCAGACGGCCAAGACAAAGCCAAGCAAAAUCCCGCCGCCGUCGACGACGAGUAUCGGGUUCGGGACGAAGAGGAGGGAGCAGACGUGGCAGUGCAUAGAGGGUUGUGGAGCUUGCUGCAAGCUCGAAAAAGGUCCCUCCUUUGCUACCCCUGAAGAAAUCUUCAAUAACCCAACUGACAUUGAGCUUUACAGAAGCAUGGUGGGUGCAGAUGGGUGGUGUGUGAACUUCGACAAAGGCACACGCAAGUGCUUAAUUUACAAUGAUCGUCCCUAUUUUUGUCGUGUGGAGGCAGAGGUUUUUCAAUCACUGUAUGGGAUUAAUGAGAAGAAGUUCAACAAGGAGGCCUGCAGGAGCUGCAGGGACACCAUAAAGUCUGUUUAUGGUCCUCAUUCAAAAGAGUUGGUUAACUUCAACAGCGCAGUAACUUCAAGCUCCAGCAGCGAUAGUUGUUAA